AUGACAGCAAUUCAGCAACAACCCCAAUUCGACUGGGCUGGCGAGGCUUUCACUGCCAUGCAACCCUCUAGUGCAAACUCAUAUCACAACAAGCAGCCAGCUGCCUUCAGCAAUUCCUCCUCCAUGCUGCCCCAGCAGACCUUCUCCAUUCCGCCUUCCCUACUUACACACGCCACAACGGAGCGCUACGGCCAAGUCACUCCCCCAGAAGAGCACUCACCCACCCACCCGCCUCGCGAGAGUUCAAUUCCCGUCGAGCAACUCAGAAGCGAAACCGCCCUGUGGCCCAAGCAAGAGCCCUCGCCACAGAUGCCGCCCGCAAAGCGGCAACGCACUAAUCGCCAUGAUUCGGCCAAUCAGGACAUGGUCGCUAACUCACUGCCAAGCGGCACCGUUCGGCAGCAGCAAGACAACGCCGACGCCAACCCUCAGCCACCCAAGCGCAAGCGGGGUCGGCCCAAGUCCCAACCUCAGAUGGUCGAAGCCUAUACUGCAGACGGCUACCCCUUCCAGGUUUCCUCCGCUCGUCAGACACACCUCGAAAAGAACCGUGUAGCUGCUCAUAAGUGCAGGCAGCGCAAGAAGGAGUACAUCCACACCCUCGAAGACCGCGCGCGUGAAUUCUCAUCCAAGAACAAGAUGCUCAAGGAGAACGUCGCUCUCUUGCGCGAAGAAGUCCUCGACCUGAAAAACGAAGUACUACGCCACGCCGGCUGUAAUUUCUGGGCCGUCGACGAGUAUCUAGCGAGGUGUGCCGGCGGCCUUCUCGGCAUGGAUGCACCUGCGCCGGGUAUGCCUGGCCAUUACUCAACACCACGGCUCGGCAACACCAACCAGAGUCCCGUCAUGCCUUCCUCUAGCAUGACUGCCCAAUACGCACGGGAGGUUAGCAUGGCUUCCCUGAGUUCCGGUGAUGCCGAUGAUCUUGGUGGUCUCGAACUCCUCAAGGACUUUACCGAUGAAGACAUGGACGACAUGGAGGCAUAG